AUGUGCUUCCACACAUCAAAUGACAAGUUGAAGAAGCAAAUAAUACGAAUUCUGAAUAAACGUCUACGACGAUUAUGUAUAAAAAAUGUAUCGGUCUAAUCAUCUUAGCAAAUUUACCGAAAUAAUUGUCAAGUCGAGGCACAAUGCAGGUUUUGGCACUUGUUGGUAAGUGCGGCCGCACACCAAAGCGAUACGCCACAUUCAUGCAACAUUUACUUCGCCACAAUUUCUAUGCCUCGUUGGUGCUUGGAACAAUUGUGUCUUAUUACCCCACACCGGACACACCAUUUCUCGUGUAGCUUUGAAGUUAGUUAAAAUGUCGACAACGUCAUCGUCGGACGAUGACGAUUUUUUAACGUGGCAAUUAUCAAGAAGAAAAAGACGUUUUUGGGUUCAUCCGUAUAAUGAAGAUUGCACAAUUCACGGAAAUUUCAUACCUUCACAACAGCUGAAAUCUGACGAAGACAAAUUCCAGUUAUAUCAUCGAAUGUCUCAAAAUACAUACCAAUUAUUAUUGGAUCUAGUUAAACCAAGUUUAACAAAACAAAAUACCCACUACAGAGGUUGUGUUCCUGCUGAAGAGCGCUUAUUGAUCACUAUAAGGUAUUUGGCUACAGGAUCUUCAUUUCGAGCAAUGUCUUACAUAUUUAAAAGAGGUGAAACAACUAUUGGAAAAAUAGUUAAUGAAAGUUGUGAAGCCAUAUGGAAAGUCUUACAACCGAUUUAUAUGAAAAAACCAAGCACAAAUGAUUGGCUAAGUAUUUCACAAGAAUUUCUUCAAAGGUGGAAUUUACCUAACUGCAUAGGCGCAAUAGAUGGGAAACAUAUUCGGAUACAGAAACCUAUGAACUCAGGAUCAUCGUACUUUAACUAUAAAGAAUAUUUUUCCAUUCAUCUUAUGGCAUGUGCUGAUGCAAAUGGAUCAUUUACAACUGUCGACGUAGGGGAUUAUGGUCGGAAUAAUGAUUCAGGAGUAUUUAGAAAUUCAGGCUUAGGCCAAGCACUAUGUAAUAAAACAUUAAAUAUACCUGAGUCAGUGCCGUUGCCAGGUGAAGAGCAAUUCGGACAACCAUUUCAAUAUUAUUUUGCCGCAGACGAAGGUUUUCCUCUAUCAAUCAAUAUAAUGAGACCUUAUAAUGGUAGAGCUUUGAACAAUAAUCGUCGAAUAUUUAAUUAUCGGCUAUCACGUGGACGAAAAAUAGUCGAGUGCGCCUUCGGCAUGCUUGUAUCCAAAUUUCGAGUAUUCGAAACGCCAAUCUCAUGUUCCGUUCAGAAAGUUGAUAAAAUCGUUAAGGCUGCUUGUAUUUUACACAAUUUCAUAAAAAACCAUGAUAAUAUUAUUUUAAAUCCGACUGAUGAUGCAACAAACAUUACCAAUAUCCCCAUAAUAAUAAACCAAGGAAGACCAAAUAACAAUUCAACAGAAUCUAGAGAAUACCUAUGUAAUUAUUUUCAGAAACCAUACCGCUUGGUACCAUGGCAAAAUAAAUAUACAGUAUAAUAUUUGUACAAUAAAAAAAUUAGUUGAUACCUACUUGUUUCAUUGAAUUUUUCGCCGAUUUUUGCCCAUAUGAGAUCUGUUGCUCUUCUAUUGCUGUACUCAGAGAGUUUGUAAUUAUAUAAGGGAGGAUUUUUCUCCACCUCACUGAUAAAUUCGAUAUUAAAAUCCACAUUGUCUUUCAUUAUGGCAAUUAUGGCAAACAUGUGGC